AUGUACGUGACUGACCCGCCUGUGAAAACCGCGCACCGCAGCACUUAUCUUCAGUUGGAGCUCCACCACCUCACGUCACACGACAACGCCCUCCACAUUCCGCGGCCAACAUAUAUACCCUGCAGCCGGUUGCCACAAGGAUUCACGCAGCCAUCGCCCUUCGUCGGCCGCAAGAUGUUCCCACCGCGCCUGAGCACGCGCCCACAAAUGGGGCGCGCCGCCGUCUGUCUGGCCGUCCUCCUACUCGCCAUCGCCUUUCUUUUUGUGUCCGCUGCCUCGGACUCGGAGUCGCUGAGAGCGGAGCAGAGAGUCGGUGGAGGCCGCAACCCGCCGGUGCACUGCUGCAAACAGGAGGAAGCUGUGGGCAGGCAAGCUCAGGCAACCGGUGAUGUUGCGGACUUGGCAUCCGCAGAGGAGCAAGGCCAGAAGCCCGAGUCUCUCAAGAGUAAGAAAGAAAAGAUCAAUGAUGAUGACGACAACGACAACAACGACGACGAUGAUGAUGACGAUGAUGACGACAACGACGAUGACGACGACGAUGGACACGACGACAAUGGAGGAACUGAUACUGACCUGAUCGGUUCCGAGUUAAGCUCUGGCCAUGGUUCCCACUCAGCCCACGACCCUAACAAUCCCCACGAUGACAACUCAAAGAGUGGGAAGAAGAAGCGCUCGGCUCCAGUGAGGAAGGGAGUCCAAGGAGGUGACAGGUAAGAAGGGUGACGAGCUGCAUGAAGUGGCAAUAUCACUAUAUCAGUGUGACCUUCCUUCGUCCUUUAAGCUAUCAUUAAGCACGAAGACCAGAACCCCGCGCUUAUCUUUAUACUACGUUAUACGGAAGUCCAAGUGUAAAACCAUGUAUCAAUGUAUGCUGUAUGUAUAUGAACUCAA